AUGCAUCUGUCUCCGGCUUUUCUCUCUUUGGUCCUCCUCUGGUCCUCAUCGUCCGUGGUCGCACUCGCAGUUGUCGAAAGGUCAAGCGAGGCCAGGUUGGAUGAUCCCAACGGCAUGGCCUGGACUGGCAAAGUCUUCCCAAACGGGCCUGACGUUACCAUGUUUGGUGACGCCGAGCACAUCCUUGCUCUCAACCCCGGCUAUGCCCCUGAAGACUCAUGGCAUGCCCUGCAGAACGUCACGAGCGAGGCUUCAAAGAUCCAGAAAAGGGUGCCGACCGGCGCCAACCCGAACGGGUUUUUCUGCGGCGUGUACUCCACAGGUGACCGCGGAGACUUGAACGCGGUUCCUGCGGAGCUCCCGCGCGCGAAUGCCGCCGCAUGA